AUGGCUUGUUGGGAAAUGGGUCCUUAUCUUCAGAUUGAUCCUUUGUCCCCUUAUGGCAAAAAUAAAUCUUCAAGGAAGCUCCCGCCCAUCAGUCAGGGUGGCCAUGAUAUUCCAUUUGCGACACCUCAAACUAAACUGGACUUACUGAAAUGUCAGAUCCAACAGAAGUUGGAGCGAGAGAAACAGGUGAAACUUAUGGCCAUUUACAAACAGCAGUAUCAGGAAGCUCUGUAUCGCCUUCGAACCACCUACCUCGUGGAAGCUCACUCGGGGUCCUACAGAAAUCCCGGAAUCUCUGAGCAACUUUCAGCUGAUGGGUCACAUGUGCAAUCUCCGAUGUCAGAGGAUCAGGAUUUAGGAUGGACCCAGGUUACUCUCGGUCCACAAGGCAAAAGGAGCGCUGGCAUUGACAGAGCUCACCCUCUGAGGCCCAUCGAUCGGAGACACUCAGGACUCAGCAACGUCUUAAACUUUGAAGGAGAGACCCCUGAUUGGAGGAGUUUAAUACAUUUGGAUGCCCCCAUGUGGCCAGCUGUUACAUUCAGACCAUCACCACCUAAAGCACCAAGAAGCAAAUGUCAGUCCAACUGGUCACAGUUAAGGAGCAGGGAGCGGGGUAUGGAACUGAGAACAUCAGAAGAUUCAACAUCUCCAGUCCAACCUCAUCAAAGGAGCAGCCAAUGUCAUAACUCAACCUUCAGUAAAGGGCAGGAAACCAGAGAGCUCCAAAACAGUCAGCAAAACGACAGAAUCAACAUAGACGUUGAGAUUUCUAAGAAAGAGAGUCUUAUUCAAGGAAGACUGAGGAAAAUAGAAGAGGAACUGAGACUAAUUCAGAUGCAAAGAGAUGAAACAGACGAAGAGACGGAAGAUCAAAAUAUGGAGGAAUCAGCGAAAAUUAGCAACCAAUAUAAAGGGAAGGAACUAACCGAAGACAGCUUUGAUGGCAGCUCCUCAGAUGAAUACAGUGAUCAUUCAAAUCCAUUCGCAAAUUAUAAAGAGAUUGCAAAUGAAGAAAAGAAUGACACAAAGGAUGAUACUGAUCGUACAGCACAAUACAGUAACUCAGUAGAGAAUGAGAGGACAGAGUGGAAUGGACAUUAUUCACCAGAGGAGAAAGCCCACUGUCCUUUCUGUGGCCGAAGGUUUGUUCUAGACCGCCUCGACACACAUACAGAAAUCUGUAAGAAAGUUUACAAACGCAAACGGAAAGUCUACGAUUCAGCACAGAAGAGAGCGAAAGGAACUGAUUUGGAGAAUUACCAGUGCUCCCACAAAGUCAUCCCAGCACCGAGAGUGAACUGGAAGGUGAGGCAUGAUGCUUUCAUCCGCAUGUUGCAUGCGGCCCAGCAAGCUGAACUUGAAAUAUAUCGUGGGAAGAAGCAAGCAAUUGCAGCGGCCUCCCCUUCUGUCAACUCCGACUACGUCCAGUGUCCACACUGCAGCCGUCGCUUUGAACCCAACGUGGCCCAGAGUCACAUCCCCAAGUGUAAAACACUGAGGAGCCGACCAACUCCACCCAAGAGGUAA